UAUAAAAGCGAAACCAUUUAAAAGUUUGUAACGAAUGAUCUCAGAAAGUAGUCAACCGAUUUAUUUGAAAUAUAUUUUAUUAUUUUCUUUAUUGUUAUGAGAUUAUUUAUGGCUUUAAUUUUUUUUCAUUAAUUAUUUGUCAAACUUAAAUAUUAUUAAUUUUACAUUUUUUGUCCAUUUUUUUUCAUUAGUUGACUUAUACAACCACUCAUAUCUUAAAACCUAUACAAUAAUCGACAAAGAUUAGCAUUGCUUCAUAAAGUCAAUAUUGUUGCGCAAAUUUUAAGCCUAAAAUCACUUCUAAGUUAAACAUACAACCUGAGAAAUAAAUAAAAACAUAUUAUAAAAUUAUAAACUUUUUGAAUUUAUUUUAUUUAUGAAAUUAGAUUUCAUCACAAUCGCGAGGUCGCUGCUUUGUUUCAUUUCAUUAUCAUUCCAACAUUUUUAAUUUUCUUUUCUUCCUUCUCUCUUAAUAUGUGUUCCAUUCAAUAGUUACGUUUUUUCUCUUACCUACCUACCUACAUAUUCAAUUUUUCUGUAUUGUCUUUGUAUAUAUAUUUGAAUAGUACUAUUAUGAGGAAGGAACGCUCGACCUGACAUAUUCUUACGACUUCCUAAACAAUUCGUUCCACAUGUUUUGCAUGUGGAAUCUAUUGAGGUGGGGGCAAAAAUGAGUGAGAAUUCCAAUAUAAAAUAAUAAAUUUCCAGAUUAUUAAAAAAACAGAAGAUAGAGAAGAAUGUAUACAAAUUCAGUGAAAGUUCGAGGGAGUCAAUAAAAAUAAAUUUUUGUUAUAAUUUAUUUUUUAUAUUUUGUAUAAUUUGUUUUUUUGAUUGUUUGAUUGGCAAUGAAAUCAUUUAAAAAAAAACACACACAGAACAAAAAAUAGAAGAAAAAUUAGAAUAUAAACUUUUUGUGGUUGCCAAUUAGAAAAAUUAAGGUUUUCCCUAUUUUUUUCGAAUCAUUUUCAUAUGAGACAAAUAUUUUUAAACCAUGUUAAUAAUAGUGCGAACAUUUUUAAAUUAAUAUAGGAAGUUAUUGUAAUGGGUCCGAUUUGUCAAAUUGAAAAUGUUGACAUUUCUCGACGUUUGAAGGUCCCUAGAGUCGAAAUAAAAGUUUUUAGAGAGUUGUCUGUGUACGUGUGUACGUUCGCGACGUUUUUUCGUCGUCCAUAGCUCAAGAACCAGUAGAGAUAUGGACUUGAAAUAAAUUUUGUUAUACAGAUAAUAAUGUAGAAAGAUGCAAAAAGGGCUCUCAAGAAAAUUGCGUGGGUGGUUUUUCUGACAGUUAUUUGAAAAAAGGGUAAAUAUUUUGGUAAAUCCUAAAUAUCUCACGAACGAUACCAAACAAGUAUAUUUUUUGGAAAAAUUCCAAUUAACGUUUUUUUAUAAUACGAACAAACUGAAACUGAACUCUCCUUUUUCCUAAGAACGCAAGAAUUAAGAAGAAGAUAGUGUAGUAAUCUUUAGCUAUUUGUCCGUUUUGAAACAACCAAAAUGAGGGUAAGGAAAAUAGUAGGUUCUUAAACUAAUUUUGUUACCUUUUUGGUUAAAUAUAUUUUUAUUUAACUUCCUUCCAUUUUUAUCUACGCAACAACCUGCCAACCUAAACAAAUACUAUCGUACUUAUUCAUAUACCUAUUUUAACUCCAAAAGGAUAAAUAUAGAAAAAUAUGUUUUACAAUAGGUAAACAUGCAUAAAUUCUCAUUUUUUCCAAUUUUAACACAGUUGUUUCGCACUGCAAAAUAUUAAAGAAAAAAGUCUGAAGCUACUAUUAGAAGGUCAACGUAAACGGUCAACGCGUUGACACUUUGACGUAAAAUAGACGUCAUUUGCAGAUCUACAAUAAUUAAAAACCACACAAUAAUUACGUAAUAUGCUUACACUGUACCAAUUUUAACAUUCUUUCACACCCUAAUAUGAAACAAAAUAAAAAUAACGUUGGCUUAAAUAAAUAUUAUUUUGUCGAAUCGUGUGAUAAUCAACAUCUUAAGCAUUGACGCUGUGAACGUUGACGGUGCGUGCGUUGAUACAGAAUAUUUGCAUGGUUUUAUGACGUCACAGAGCCAACGCGUUGGCCCUUUAAGUUGAUUGUUUAAUUCUAGCUUGAGCCAUCAUCAUCAAUUCCAAUUACGAAACGACUUAAGUCCUAACAAUGCAGCUUAAUACACACCAACCUACUUAAUACUUAGCUUUCUACAUACCUACAUAACCCACCCACUCCUUAACAUUACAUUACAAUAAAAAAAAAAAAAAACAAAUUUAAAAAAUACCUACAUCGAAUGUAUUUGCUAUGGAAAAAUUCAAAAUAUGGCAACGUAGCAUUGUAUCAAAACUUAAAUUUGAAAACGUUGCUUUUAAAUUUUCAGAUUUCACAAAAUUAGAAAAUCUAAAAUCAAAUCAAUACAAUUUUCGGCUAGCAAAUCUAAAACACAUACAACUAAAUGUAUUGUAUAUGCAUAUCUUCUAUACAUUGAUAGUCGCUCUUAGAUUCCACACCAAAUUUCCGUACACACAGCGCCCUCUACAUCAGUACGUGCAGGAAAAUUUACCAAAACUGAAUUCGGAACAAAAACUUGCUUUCAGCCAAAUAAAAGAAAGUGUAGAUUUACAUAAAGGAAAACUUUUUUUCAUAGACGCGCCUGGUGGUACUGGUAAAACCUUUUUGAUUAAUCUUUUACUAGCGAAAUAUAGAUCAGAAGGUAAGAUUGUUCUUGCCGUCGCCUCUUCUGGGAUUGCAGCAACAUUGCUUAGUGGAGGCAGAACUGCUCACUCUACGUUCAAGCUGCCAAUUAACAUCAUUGCCCAUGAAGAAGCAACAUGCUCUAUUUCAAAAACCACUUCCAUUGCAAAAGUAUUCCAAAAAGCGGACCUUAUCAUUUGGGAUGAAUGUACGAUGAGUAAUCAAGCUCAUAUUGAGGCUGUGAAUAGACUCCUUAAAGAUUUAAGAUCAUCGUCAAGACUUAUGGGUGGAGUCACAAUGGUUUUUUCUGGGGAUUUUAGACAGAUAAUGCCAGUGAUUCCCAAGGGUACUCGAGCCGAUAUUAUCAAAUCUUGCGUUAAGUCGUCUUCUAUUUGGCGAUAUGUACAAAAACUUCAACUUAAAAUCAAUAUGAGAGUAGAGCUUACUAACAACACUGAUACUUCUGAGUUCGCGUCUCUACUUCUAAGAAUUGGUGAUGGAAAACAUACUUUCAUGGGUCCAAAUACAAUUGAAUUAAACGAAAGCUUCGGAAAAAUUGUGUAUAGCACAGAACAACUUAUUCAGUGUGUGUAUGGAGACCUGAACGCGUUAGAAUCAAGACCAUUUUCUUGGUUUUGCGAAAGAGCUAUCGUGUCACCAAAAAACUGUUCAGUGGAUGAAAUAAACAGAUACGUGCUUCAGAAUCUUAAAACGGAGUCGCAUAAAUACAAUGCAAUUGACACUGUGGUUGAUGAUAAUGAUAGUGUGCACUACCCUCAUGAGUUUUUAAAUUCACUCAACCCAGCAGGCCUGCCGCCAUAUCAACUUAAUUUAAAAAUUGGUACACCAAUUAUUCUAAUAAGAAAUCUCAAUCCUCCGAAUCUGUGCAAUGGCACACGACUCCAGAUCAAAAAGCUAUUAAAAAAUAUAAUACAAGUACAAAUUCUUACCGGACCCGCAGUAGGAAAAUAUGCCCUGAUUCCCCGGAUACCAAUGAUACCAACAGAUCUCCCUUUUCAAUUUAAACGUGUGCAAUUUCCCAUUAAACCAUGCUUUUGUAUGACAAUUAACAAGGCUCAGGGUCAAUCGUUUAAAUUUAUUGGAGUCGACCUUAGGGAAAAUGUCUUCUCUCAUGGUCAGCUUUAUGUUGCUCUUUCCAGGGUAGGCUCAAAAAGCAACCAAUGCAUACUUCUUCCUCGUAGUAAUAUAACUGCAAAUAUUGUUUAUCCGGAGGCUUUGAAAUAAAAAAAUAUUUAUAAUAUGCACAAACAUGAACAAACUCUUUUUUUUUUCAAGUGUGAAAUCUAAUUAGAUACGGUACGUAUAUACAUAUAAACAAAAAUUAAUAUUAUUGUAGAAAAUAUGCUCAGUCCCAUUGAGAAAUUUUUCAUAUGCUAAUACUAAUAUUCAAAAAAUGUUCGUGGUUACAAUUUGCGAAGCAACGCGAGCAC